CAAGCUGGACCAGCAAUGGCUCUGCUGAAGGUUCUGCUGCUGCUACUGGGUGUUUCAGUGAACUCGGGUGUUUCUCUGCAGAAGAGAAUCAUCAGAGGUCAUGAUUGUGAUAACAAUGAGCAUCUUCAUUAUGUUCGGCUAUCAGGCAGGAAAGGUACUGCCACGACCCAGUGUGGCGGAUCUCUGAUCCAUCCUGAGUGGAUCCUCACUGCAGGUCACUGCUCUGAGAUGGAGUCAGGAUGGACUUUUACAGCAUUGUUUGGAGUUCAUCCACAGACUGCUAAACAGGAGGAUCAGAUAAUCCAACACAAUCCUGUGAUUUAUGUUAAAGAUGGCCAGCUGCAUGACAUCAUGUUGCUGAAGCUUCAGACACCAGUCAGAAAUAUCCCACCUGCUCUGCUACCAAGAUGCAGUAACCGUCUUAAAAAUGGUGAUGCAGUUCAGCUGGCAGGAGAGGGAGCAACGAUAAUCGGACCCAAUAAUGAGCGACUACCCUAUGAUGCUGUUUCAUCACAUCUUCAGUGUGUCGACAUGAAUGUUGCUGCUGUUUCCUACUUCGAUUCGACACGUGGGUUUAUAUUCCGUGCUGCAUCACCGAACAAGGAUGCUUGUGCUGGUGACUCUGGUGGAGGAGUGAUCUUCAACAAGCAGCUUUAUGGUGUGAUUUCUGCAGGUGGAAUCAAUGCAUGUCAGAGAGCAGCUUUUAUCAUGGAUGUGUGUGAAUACAUGGAGUGGAUAAGCAAAUCAACUGGGCUUAAACUCAAAACAUGAAGUGUCAUGAAAUCAAAUUUUCAAAUUUAUCAUGAAAUCAAAUUUCCUCUGUCGAUGUUACUACUCGAGAUCAUCCCUAAAGUUAAAUAUAUGCAUUAGAAGGUGUGUUUUUCCCUUUGUGGGGCCUGUCUUAAUGUUAAUUUUAUUACCUUUGAGUCCUACUGAAACACCCAGAUCUUCUCUGGCCAGCCUCUUGCCCAGACCGUAAUUUAUGACGUGCAGCUGGAAUGUUAUCUCUGCCUCAACUGAUUCAACAAAAUCUAAUGCUAAAUAAUAACUAUAAGUUUGGAUCUAAGAACUAAAAUGUUUUCUAUUUUAAGAAAAGCUCUUUUUGAGAAUACCUGAAAUAUUUUUAAAGUAAAAUAUAUUUGCUAAUUCUAUUGUAUUUAAGUAAUAUAAAAUGCAUGCAAAUAGUGUGAUUACAAAAUAAUUCAAAACAUGUUGUUUAAUGCUUAAGGAAAUAUCUUAAUAUAUAUUUAAUUCUAGUAUGGAUAAGAUUUUUUUUAAAAAAGUUUUAAUGUUCCACUGAACUUUUGAACCGACACUAAAGAAUUUAUUGUCCUGAUAGCAGACAGACUCCCUGUCUGUAUAGCAGUUAAAGGAGUUACAGUCCUGUCUAUCUGCAAAACCCUCCCUAGAGAUUUAUGUAAGUUCAGAGAGCCACCAGUUGUUUUAGUUUGGAUCUAUAUCUAAGUUUCUCUUAACGUAAAGGCUACUCCAAAUGUUCAUGGUAUAUUUCAUAUCCAUAAAGGUUAGCUUGUCUACGAUUGUGCUGAUUAAAAUUAUAUUUUCAA